GUUGUGAGGCGUGAAGAUACGCCAUACAGAGGGUUUUCCAUCAAAGAAUAAUAUCCAUGACGAUUUAUUCGAACACAACUAUUUUUGUUCAUGCAGCGUAAAGCUGAAUAUUUAUUGUUAAUUGUGGCGUACUUUUAUCCGUGACGAAAAUAUUCGCAAUUUUCAGGCUAUCCAAUCAAAAUGAUUCAACUAACAGUGAGAACAUUGGAUUCUCAAAAUCAUCCAUUCACAGUAGAAGAUGAUAUCACAGUUGAACAAUUUAAAGCACACAUAGCUGAAACGGUGAAUAUACCAGCUGAUACACAAAGAAUUAUUUACUGUGGAAGAGUAUUGAAUGAUUCCUCCAAAUUAAGUGACUAUGAUGUCAAUGGAAAGGUUGUACAUUUGGUACAGAGAGCCCCACCCUCUCAAAAUCAAAGGCCCAGGGCAGCUUCGCCUCAGCGCCAAAGAAGAGGAGGAAUGUUCCGCACUCUCGAACAUGGUAACGCCAUGUAUUUGGGAUCUAUGGCAUUCCCGUCUAAUUUGAUGGAAUCUCAAGGCUUCGUUCCGCCGCCUCCCACUCAAAGUCUUGCCGGAAGCCGCCUGAGCGUUGCAAAACGGAUGCUUCGUAAGGCUGAGAGUGUGAUACGUCGCCUAGAACAACGCCUUGAUAAUACUUCUGAUCAGACACCUCCUGAAUCUGACCAGACGCCCCCUGAAGAAUCGCAAGAGGAGGAGGUAACUCCCGUAAUUGAAGCUCGCGUAAUCGUGCCCGGCUCCACAAACGAACCAUUAGAUGAGGCUAUGGUUUUAUCCGUCGUUGAAAAUUCUUUGUACAAUUCAGGUUCAGUUCCAAUUACCAGGGAGGAAAAUUCUGCUCAGGGUUCUUCAGUAGAGGGAUCUUCCUCUUCACAAACAAAUCAACCGACCGCUUCAAGUUCAGGCACUUCAACUCCCAGAGGUGGUUCAUCAACAGAAAACUCUGAGGCAAGACCGCAAGGGACUAGUGAAAAUAACGGAAAUGGUCUUUCUGAGAAUGCAUCCAGAACAUCAGAAAUGGCAGAACUGUUGACCACAUUACGAAAAUUACAAACGAGAUUUGCACCGUUUCUUGAUAGAUACCAUAAAUUUAUGCAAGAGGAUCCUGUUGUGCCUCCAGAAAACGUUAGACAAACCCACAUGAUGUUAGCCAGAGUCUCAGAGGUCAUGCACUUUUUUAGUCAUGCUUACCACUGUUUGAGUGAUAUUAUUGUUGGAGUAAGAACUCCUCCACCUAGACCGCUAUUGUGUCGUCCAAUUCUCAUCCAGCAUUCAGCUGUGGUUCAUGCUGGAAUUCCAAUUCAGGUGGAGGCUCAGAUCAAUCUAUCAACCGAACGUCCUCCGAUAGCAGCACCUCCGUCAUCUACAACAACCACUACUGGUAGUGAUACCACAGCCACGACUGCAACGACUGCUGCAGAAUCCACAACUAACUCAUCAACUGGGGCGGCCAAUGCUGACCGACUCCAGACUGGCGCUGCUCCGGCAAUCGGUAUACCGGCAGGCGCGUUCCCGUUUAUUCCCAUGCGCAUGCAAUCAUUCCCAUUGGAGAUUCGCACUGUGACUCGUCACGGUAACAGUACUAACGCCAGAACUCAAGCCAACAGCACGACAACUGAAGCAGGUGAUACAGCUCCUACGUCAACGGCUACUCAGGCCGGCGCAGUUCCUUCAGCUCCGAGAGCUCCGACGGCCGCAUCGGGUCCAGAAGGUGCAGGACAAAACUUCAAUGCAAAUAAUCCCAAUGUUGAAUUUUUCAUGGAGGUAACGCCUGACGGUAUAACUAUUGAUUCUAUGGACACUGCGAUUGUUGGUUCCAAUCAUGCGGAUUUGUUAAGGGGUGCCCUGAAUCCUUUACCACCGGAGUUAUUGCAGUCAUUAAUGCAGGUGGCGGGUCAUUUUAUGGAUCGACCGCCAAGAGCAACCACUACGGCCACUAGUACAGUUAAUUCAUCAACUGAGUCGUCAACUGCACAAUCAAGUGUAGGUGCUUCACAAUCUGCAGCUUCUGGUCAAAAUUCACAGGCAAGAGGAAAUACAGCUACAAACCCAACAACCGCAACUCACACAAGAUCUACUCCUCGGCCGCAUGUGCAUCUCGCUCAGCAAGCAAUGCAAGCCGGAUUCGAUCCAUUUUUACCAUGCAAUUCACAUCACGUCGCUCGUUCCUAUGUUAUUGAUCCCGCAGCUCCCGCCGCAGGUGGUCGAACAGAAAACGGCAGCAGACCGGGGCCAGGUGUCCAGAUGCGCCCUCAAAACAUUUAUGAUUUCAUCACGGACAUGAUAGGCACCAUAAGACACGUGCAAACUCGUCGCGGAUCAUCCUCGACCAACGCAGAACAACCGGCAGCCGCCCGCCCAACAUCUCAGGUCACUGCAGCUCCAACACAACCGUCGGCAAGUGCAUCUGCGAGCUCCCGUCCUGCUCCACCACCCACUGAAGGUGCUAAUAAUCCUCUGCAGACCUUUUUCUCGAAUUUCCCAGGUGUACAGAAUUUGAGUGAUUUAGUGGGAAGGCAAGGUCCGACAAUACAUCAAAUCCUUCAGCAAUUCCAGGAUGAUGAGACCUAUGUCCAAGGCGAAAGCCUGAUUACCGACUUGAUUAUGCUACUUUUUAGAAAUCUAACCCUUGUAGAUCUUUGCGCCAUAAAUAGCAACAAUUAUGAACCUAUCAGACGAUGCCGAGCUGAUAUUCAAAGUUUCGUUAGAACAAGAAUAUUGCAAAAUAAUUUAUCGCCAGAAGGAGUAGAUGAAGGUGCAGAAAGACUUAUUGUAGAAAUGAGACCUUUCUUACAGAAUUUUAGGUCAAUGCCGACAUACGAAGAUAUAGACGUUAUGGGAUCUCUUGAAAACUUUCUUAGGGCCCAAUUACCUAGAUUAUUGUAUUUAAUGGCAAACUUGACCCCAGAAAACGUGGAAGAUUUGAUGUCUGAAACGAUAAGAAAUUUGAGACUUAUGUGUGCACUUACUAUCCAUAUGUGUUCAGCAGGUCAGCAAGGUGUUGAAAGAGUACUUGAACAAAUGUUGCAAACUUACUUAGAUGUGCCUCCAGAAGUUCAACAUUGGACAUUUUUAAGUAGCCGUGUUCAUUUGCGUCAGUUUCUGUCCAACAUUGACAUGCCUGAAGAUAUAAUGGUGCCGUUUAUAAGACGUAACCGCAGAAAUGUGCCUGCUCCUGCUGAGACAAAUCAUAUUCCUGAAGUCAGUCACAAUAAUGUGGCUCAACCAGAAGCUGCGCCAGAAGCCAUGGAAUUGGAUGAUGAACAGAACACAGCUGCUGCUCCUACACCUAAUCCUAUAGAAGAUCCAGAGCCAUUACGUAAUCUGGUAUUAGGGUCAGAAGCUUGGCAUGCACAGGUUCCACCAGAUUGGGUUCCAAUAAUAGCAAAAGAUGCACAGAAACAAAGACGUCAAAAUGCGCAGGGGCCAUUCAGUGAUGCAUACUUGUCUGGAAUGCCUAGUAAAAGACGGAAAAUUGUGAAUAAUUCUAAACCACAAGGAAGUCUUCCUCAAGUUAUAUCAGAGAGUGUUAGGCAAGCUGUGAACUCCACUGGGUUAACAUCUGCUGCACCAUUGGAAUCUGUUGUCCAAGCUGCAAGUGAAUCAAUUGAAAUUCAAACAGCAUACAGGAACUUGUUUAGAAGUAGUGUUCAGGCUAAUUUGAGAGACAAUGAAGACUUUACAGCUGAAAGAUAUCCUAAUGCUUCUAAUUAUUUUAAUAAUCCACAAUAGGCAUGAAAUGUCUGUAUACAGAAAUGGUUUAUAAAAUGUUUCAAAAUAAAAAAUUGGUUUGUAAAAUAAUAUAUUAUUUAUUUGUGGGUCCAGUCCACUUUUAGUUUAUUCAAUUAUGUACUCCUGCAUAUUAUUUUACAUCUCAAAAAGCAAAUUCUAGUGUAAAUAAUUUAAGAGUUUUGCUCUACUAUAUAUUGAAUAUGAAUAAUUUAUUUAAAAUCUAGUUUCAGUUUUAUUUUUAUCAUUAAUCUACCAUUCAAUACAAAAGUAGUGAUAUUUUAUGCAACUUGACAAUUUAAUUUGAUAUUUUAUAACUGUUAUGUAGAUAGUACAACAAUAAUAAAUAUUUCUAGGCACAGUUUAUAUUGUAUUUAACAAUAAACAUUUUUAAUUUU